AUGGCGGCGGCGGCGGGGGGCUGCCUGAGCCUCUGGCGGGAGGAGAACGACGGGCUGGUCCGGCGCUGGCGGAGCCGCCCCUGCAGGGUAGGCGCGGCCUCUGCCCCGAGGAGCGCGCCUGGCGUCGGGGGGCCGGGAGGGUCGCGGGGCUUGGCUGGGCGCUCCUUCCCGCCGGGCCGGGCCGGGCCGGGCGGUGGGGCGGGGGCGGCCCCGCGCAGCAGCAGCCCCGGGCACGCGGAGCUGCCGCGGCGCCCUGACCCCCGACUCUCGUGCGUGCAGGCUGCGGAGGCUUCCGGAUUAGAGACCCGCCGAGCCUUCAGCAAACUGCUGCAGAAGAUCCAAGGGCUCCCAGCGGUGCUUCCUGCUCUGCCGCUGGAGUUGACCAUCCUCUGCAACUCCUUGCUCUUUGAUAUUGGUCUGUCCAGUGAGUCCAGCGAGCAGUUGUUGGCAAGGAUAGACCAUGGGCUCAACAGGGUUCUGGAGGCUCAUGCCGUUUCCGGACAAGGGCUCACCUCAGAGGACCGCUGGCAGAAGGUGCUCCAGCAGGGAGUCCCUGAAGAGCUGCAAGGCCCUCUGCAUCAAUUGGCUGCCCUGCAGGGCUUGCUUUGGUUGGCAGCAAACCACCUGAGAGCUGCGGAAGGCCUCUUUCAACAUCUCUGCAGUGCUGAGGUAGCUGAGCUCCAUUCUGGGCCUGCCUCGCCCCUCAGUCCAGGUCUCCUUUCCCUGCUCCAAGGAUGGCAUCCAUCUGACUUGGGAGAAUCUGACCCCCUCGUGCUGCAGAGAGCCAGGGACUUAAAAGACGUUCUGUGGACUUCUGCUGCUUUCCUGCAAGGCUUUCAGGAACUGGAUGCCGGCAACCCCUCUGCGGCUCUUGCCUUUCUCCAAAAAGCUGCCACCGGGCUGUGUCCAAAGAGAGUCCUGGCCCAGAUCUUCACAUUAAUGGGAUGCUGCAACCUGAAAAUGGGGAAGCCACAGACGGCGGUACAGUGUCUGAAACGAGCUCUGCAGGUGGAUGCCUCCUUCCUCCCUGCCCUCUACCAAGCAGCUUUGUUGUAUCGCCACCUGGGAUUCAUGGAGGCAGAGCUGGAGGCCUUGGCGUUGCUUUAUCAGGCCCUGGAUGGCCCAACACAGACGGCUGCUGAAUCCCUCAGUCCAUCCUCCCUCGUCGGAGUGGAGCUCCUCAUCUGCACGCCACGGCUUCGUACUUGCUUUGGCCGGAACUCUCUGUCAGAAGUGAAGUACCUUCUGGCUCAGAGGUGCCUCCAGGCAGGAAGGGCGAGGGAGGCAGCCGAGCACUACCUGGACCUCUUGGCUCUGUGGCAGGAGGGGCCUCUUCACCAGGGACUUCUGUGUGGCGAACUGGCCUUGCCUAGGAUCCCAGAGGUGUUUCUGGAGGCUGCGUCCGCCCUGGAGGAGACGGCCAGGCACCGAGAUGCCAUUGCCGUCUGUGAGGAGGUGGUCACCCAGACAAGCAAGCUGAUCCCUAAAAGUCUGCGGAUUGACGUAGGCUCGAGCCCCCCAGAGGACAGCCGGGGGCCGCCCGCGUCCUCGCUGACACAGCAGGAGCGGGAGAGACUGCAUUGCGCUCUUUGGCGGGCCGCUGCCUACCUGCUGCAGGGCUGUGCGUGGGCAAGACUAGGAGAAGCCAAGGAAGCCGUUGGCCUCUUGAGCAGGUGCCUUCAUGAUCUCCUGAGGAUCCAGUUUGUAAACACAGGCAGCCACAGCACUGAAGAGGAGCCUGCCCUGUUCGCUCCAUCGGAAGCCAAGGUGCUUCCCCGAAUCAGGCAGCUGGCUCUGACUGUCCGAGGAGCGGAGUUCCUGGAGCUGGGGAGAGACAAAGAAGCCUUGAUGGAUUUCCAGCACAGUUUGCACUUCUGCCCAGAGAGCCCUGCUGCCCACUGGUAUCUGCUGCACACCCUCUGGAAACUGGACAGAAGGCAGGAAGCACUGGCGCAUUGGCAGAAGUUCCGCAUGAACCCUGCGUUGACGGAGGGGGAGGAUGAAAGACCCUGCCCGCAGUACUUGCGUCUGUGUAUGAAGUGGGUGAGGUUUCCUCACACGGAAUCCCUGGCCAAGAACCUGGAGACUUGUUUGGGGGAGAGCAGGCAGGAGGCCUAGCAUUGCUGUGUGACCCUUUCCGGCUUUCCUUUCUGGCAUGUGGACUUCUUCCUGCGGGGCUUUUCUCAGACUCCCUUCGUCAUUGGAAAAUGGGGACACGUCAGUCUGAGGCCAGGGCAUGUAACAUAGGUAGCAUUUUUCCUAA